GGCAUCGCAACGUGUUGUUUUCUUUUCCGGAAGCGGCGGCGCGCGUAUAUAAGCCUCGCCGCAGCGGCAUCAUUUCGUCAGACUAGCCGUGCCUCCGCAGUAGCAAGCCACCAUUUCAAGCAAGACCAUGAGGCUCCUGUUGGUUUCUCUGCUCAUUUGCGCCCUUGCCGGUGCCUGCUUAGCCGGAUUGGUCGGAUACGGAGGAGGCGGCUAUGGAGGAGGCGGCGGCUACGGAGGCGGCCACUACGGCAAAUCCUUGCCGGGACCGUCCUUCCUGAUCAAGACCCAGCACCACGUUAGCAAAGUGAGCCACGGAGGACCAAUCCUCAGUAACUACGACCUCGGAGUCUCCUACGGUGGACAUGGCGGUGGCUACGGUGGCGGCUACGGCGGCGGCUACGGGCACGGAUGGCACUGAAUCCAGAAGACCUAGUUAUGCAAGAGACACUGUAUGCUGCACUCGUGGACCGUCUGUGUAUGCAGAAAUGUUGCAGAAACCGCACAAGAGCGCGUACUCUUCGUUCGAGACAGGUGGUCUUAUAGUCAAUGCGUGCGAGUGGCAAGCUCUUGCCACGCACACUAGCAAAGGAGAUGUGCACUAGAAAAGACGUCUAAGAAGGUCUGUAAGAGAAUUGAUCAACGUGUAACAAUGUAACCAGCCAAACUGUAUGUAGUGACUCGAGAACGAAGUUCCACGGCGUUCCGCAGCAAUGUCAGCGUUCUCUGCAGUGUAUAUUUUGUACAGAAAGAAAUUGAAUAAUAAAGGAAGU